CUGGGCUAUUUGCCUGAGUUCAAGGUCAGCCUGAACUAUAUCGAGAGACCCUGUGUCCAAAAACAAAACUCCCUAAAACCAACACCAAAACUUCCGCCUGGGCCUGACCCUUAGGAAGGGAGGGGGCUGUGCCGUGAAGAGACAUCAUAAUGUCUCCCCUCUGCAAGCACCCCUCACCUGGGCCCUCCCAAGAGGCCUGGGAGCCUGGGGAGCCCCUGCUCCCCCAGAAGCUCCAUCUCACCACCACUAAGGCCUUUCAAGGGUGUUCAAGGUGGGAGAUGUCACAGGGUGGAGCGGCAGCCCGAGGCCCCAGGAAGGUGACAGAGGCCACUGUGGUUGGCACCAGGCCUCUGUGAAAGGCUCAGGGGCUGGGGCCACUGCCACCAGCCGACGCUGGCCCCGUGCUCCUCCGUUCUCAGCGUGCUUCUUGACACCUCAGGAGGCUGAGCUGUCUCUUCUCCGGGGCUGCCUCACUACAAGGGAUGAUAAGUGCUAGGUGGGUUCUUUCGGGGGCGGGUGCUAAGGAUGGAACCCUGGGCCACACCAUGCUAGGCAGGUACUCUACCACUGGGCUACAUCCUCAUCCCCUUGUAAAGUUUUGUUUUUGAGACAAAAUUGCCUAGACUGCAAAGUUGCUCAGACUGGGCAUCCACAUGUGAUCCUCCUGCCUCAGCCUCUCAGAGUAGCUAGGACACAGGUGAGAGUCCCUGCACCAGCCAUGAAGAGCUAGUUAACUGAGGGCUUACUUAAGUCGAGGUAGCUUACACGGAACAGCUCAUUGGGUCCUCACUGUAACAUAACGGGAGUCUCUUGUUUGUCCCACUUUCUAGAUGGGCAAACCGAGGUACAGGGUUUACCCAAAGAUCCAGCAGCUAGUGAAGGGGGACUCGAGGUGACUUGCUGCUCAGAGGUCCUGGCGAGCCGUGCAAGGCCGGUGAUGACUUAUGCGCCCUGUCCCCAUCUUCACAAGCCUGUGGGGCCCCGGAGCCUUGUUACCCCGUUUUGCAGACAAGGCGGCGAAGGUGUAAGGACGCCUGAGGUGGCCUGGCCGAAGAUGGGGCCGGGCGCAGAGGGCAGACCCUCAAACUGCAGGGCCCCGGUGGCCUCCCCAGCCGCCUGCCCAGCGCUGUGGAAUUUGGGGACCUUCCACCCACAACACGGUUCUGGCGACGGCGGCGGCAAGGAGCAUUCCCGGGUCCUGGACCCUGGUACUAAUACUGCGCAUGCGCGAGAGCUCUCCGGUCGCCCUCAGCCCGCGCGGAGCACUGGGAGAAGGGGCAAGCACAUUUUGCACGAUGGCUACAUAGACUUCAUGGAGUACGUGGCUGCGCUCAGCCUGGUCCUCAAGGGGAAGGUGGAGCAGAAGCUACGCUGGUACUUCAAGCUCUACGACGUCGACGGCAACGGCUGCAUUGACCGGGACGAGCUGCUCACCAUCAUCCGGGCCAUCCGCACUAUCAACCCCUGGAGCGACACCGGCAUGAGUGCGGAGGAGUUCACAGACACCGUGUUCGCGAAGAUCGACGUCAACGGCGACGGGGAGCUCUCGCUGGAGGAGUUCAUGGAGGGCGUCCAGAAGGACCAGAUGCUGCUGGACACGCUGACCCGCAGCCUGGACCUCACACGCAUCGUGCGCAGGCUGCAGAACGGCGAGCAGGAGGAGGCUGCGGCCGAUGGGGCGGGGGCAGCGGGCUGAGCCGGCCCCUGGAUGGGGUGGGGGAGAGGCCCAGGCGGUGCCCUGUGUCACAUAUUUUAAUAUUACACAGGACC